GGCGACUAUAAAAACAAAUUUUAAUUAAAAAAAAAAAAACAUGUCUGAUAAAAUGGCUUCAAAGAUUGAAUUCGCCGUAAACAUGACUUGCGAAAAAUGUGUCAACGCAAUAAAAAAUUGCCUUAGCAAUGACAAGGAUAUCAGCAAAUUAGAUGUUUCUCUUGAUAGAGGAACUGUUUUGGUAGAGACAAAACUUCCUUAUACAGUAAUACAAGAAAAGAUUGAAAGUUUGGGUAAACGAGCUGUAUUGAAAGGGUUUGGAGACGGCUCGAGCGCAGUAUCUAUGAUCGGUGGAACUUCUGGUUUUAGUAGAAAUCUUAAUACUCAAGGAGUUGUAAGAUUUAUUGAAACCCAAAAAGGAUGUUUGGUUGAUGGUACAAUCGAUGGAUUAAGUCCUGGAGCACAUGGAUUACACAUUCAUGAAUGCGGUGAUAUCUCUAAUGGCUGCGAAUCAGUAGGUUCACAUUUAAAUCCUUAUAACUGCAGUCAUGGAGGUCCUCAAGACGAUAUUUCUAAUAAACACAUGGGAGAUCUUGGAAAUAUAAUUGCAGACAAAGCUGGACGAGCAUUGUUUAGAUUUCAAAACGAUGAUAUAAAAGUUUCAGAUAUCAUUGGAAGAUCUCUUGUUGUUACUGAAAAUGAAGAUGAUUUAGGAAAAGGAAAAAAUUUGAAUUCAAAAAUUGACGGAAACAGCGGUUCUAAGAUAGCAUGCGGAAUAAUAGCGAGAUCAUGUGGAAUAUUUGAAAAUGUAAAAAAAAUCUGUAGCUGUGAUGGCAAAACAUUGUGGGAUGAACGAGAUGAAUCGAAAAAGAAGUACACUCAAUUGUUAAACUUCAAAAAUAUCAACCUCGAUGAAAAGCGAUAAUUUUUUUUUUAUUUUAAAUUGUACAAACUAUAGAAUAGUGGAUUAAAUGAUUUAAUGCUUUUAUGUGAUACUUUUUAAAAUUAUAUAAAAUAAAUUAUGUAG